AUGAAGGAAAAGCGCGCUGCUUUUGAAUGAGAUUUCAGUCCUCCCAAAAUUGGGGCUUUUUUUCCUUUGGCUCCAAGAUUUCAAUUUUUUUUAGGGUUUUUGUUUACUUUAUUUGAUUUCGAAUUCUUACACUUCUCUCACGUAGAUUCUCUUACUCCCAUCUCUCUUUUCUCAUUCUCUCUGGUGUUUGAUUCUUUCUAAAUUAUCUUCACUGGAAUUGGUGGAAUUCUUAUCAAUUUCUAAGUUAUGGCUCGAAUCGUAAAGCGGGAGCCACUUGAGGGAAGAAGAAAUAUUGUAGAGAAUACUGGUGAAGCAGCAGCAGGUACUACCACCGGCAGCGAAUCAGGACCUGAUGGAGUCACUGAACGCAGACUUCUUCGGUCUCGUUACCACACUGUCAAGAGCCGAAUUAGCGAUGAGAGAGAUGAUAUUUCAAAGGUUGAUUCCGACAAGUUUAAGGCCAUCAUUGAUGAAGUUGAAACCUUGCAUCAGCUAGUGCAGAAGCCCAGGGAACAAGUUGCAGAUGCAGAAGCUCUGUUGGACAUUACAAACACAUUGGUGACCUCUGUUAAGGCACAUAGCGAUGAAGGAGUGACUGCUUCAGAUUUCAUCACCUGUUUGCUGAGGGAAUUCAGGCAACAUGAUGCAGCUAGUACCAGCACGGAAGAGGGUGGGAACUCUGUACGUUGGAAAGACAUUGGCAUCGCAGUGUCUAAUGUUUUCAGGAGGGGUCCUGGAUGCUGCACCAUGCUUGGACCUAUGAAUACUGAGAUCAAACAACGUAAACCUGUUGUUCACAGAAAACGUGCGAGACUAACAGAAAGUGCUCGACCUGAAGAGCUUGAUGAAACUGUUGCCGAAGAGAGAACAGACACAGAUAAAAAUAUGGCCGUGAUGUUUGACAUUUUAAGGAAGAAUAGAAGAGUCGGGCUUGAAAAUUUGAUCCUGAACAGGAACUGUUUUGCACAGACAGUGGAAAAUCUGUUUGCUCUAUCGUUUCUGGUUAAAGAUGGGCGGGCCGAGGUAACAGUGGAUGAAAAAGGCUGUCAUAUAGUGUCCCCAAGGAAUGCUCCUGCUGCAAAUGCAGUUACCUCCAGGGAGGUUUCUUACAGCCACUUUGUAUUCAGAUUUGAUUUUAAGGAUUGGAAGGUAUCUUAACAGAGUGAAUGCUUGGAACUUUGACAUUUCAAUUUUUCAUAAUUUGCUUAGUAAUGAUGUUCUGAGGUUUGCAUAGGACAUUCCAGCCCAAACUAGCGUUUACUGAGCACCAAAACCUAAUACGUCAUGCAUUGCAGCAUCAUUUAGUUCUGGAUUUUGCUGAAUUUGGAAAAUCCAGUGACAAAUUUGCAUGAUAUGUUACAUUUUUUAACAAGGUAUUUCCAAAGCAUGACUUUUUGUGCAUGUCCAACUCCAAUGACUUUUGAUGUGUUUCUUUGUUGCUUCCUUUAAAAUUUUUGACUCAGCAUGAUGACUGGUGUAUUCAUUUAGCGUGUAUCCUCCAUAAAUCUGUCACUGAUUGUUUGGGCAGUUCAUGAUGGAUGCUGUUGAAGUUGGAGAAGAACUGAUGCCUUGUAGGAACAAAGUGAAUGGAUCAAGCAAUUCUCAACCAGAUUUGGCAUCUGGGGAAACUCAAGCAGCAGUGCCUACAACACCAAUCAGGAAAUUGUCCAGGAAUCGUGGUUUGGUUUUACAACAACAGACCGUUGUUGAAGACUCUCCAGAAAGUGAUGAAUUAGCAGCAGGAGCUGUAGCCAUUAGGAAGGGAAAGCGGAAGGUUAGAUGAGAUGGUUGCAGAGAGUUACUUGUUUCGGUGAGAUGAGUGCUGAUAGUAGGGGAAUGCUAAUUGAUUGUAGUCAUGUUUAGGUAUGUAUCUUGUCUGUGUUCACCUAGGCUAAUAUAGUUUUUUGGUUGAAGUACAUAGAUUUCCAUAGUCUGGUUGGCCUUAUUCUAUUAAUGUAUUUUCCAGAUUUAAGAUUUCUGUUAAUGGUCCCCUAGGCUAAUGUAGUCUUUUGUCAGUGUUCCCCUCGUAUAUAGAUUUCUGGAUUUGGUCCAUUGCAAAACCUUGUAUGAAUUCUCAUCUGUUAUCUUUUGCUUGCCUUUGUACAUAUUUUAGUCUUGUUUCUCUAAUGCAU